AUGGCUCAGAGUUUAUUCUGAACAAUAUAUCCUCAUGAAUUUGCUGGUCAGGGAUUUUCAUUGCAUUGCUUAGAUUUAUCAGUGAUUUUAUAUGAUCAAUACCAUCAAAAAUUAUUGUUCAAGACGCUAAAAUUGAAGAAGAAAUCCAAAACUCAAAUAAAAAUGAUAUUUCGGUUAACGCAUCUGUUGAAGAAACGAUGAUAA